AGCAAACACGCACGCCGCACGGUCAGUCACCACCAUUGUUGACAGAGACCAGUGCGCGGCCGGUGGCUGAGUAGAUAACAAGAAAAACAUGGAUUCAGCUGAAAUUGAGCAGUGCUUCGAAGUGGCGUUAGGCCUAGUGAAGGAGGCUGGCCAGGUGGUGCGGGAGGCCAUUAAGAAGCAGAAAACAAUCGAGACCAAGAGCUGCAAUGUUGAUUUGGUGACAGAGAGUGACAAGGCCGUGGAGAAAUUGCUGAUUGAAGGGCUGGCCAAGGCGUUCCCCUCUCACAAAUUCAUAGGAGAGGAAAGCACAGCAGCCGGAGCCAAAUGUGUCUUGACCCAUGACCCGACCUGGAUAAUUGACCCCAUAGACGGCACGAUGAAUUUUGUACACAGUCUUCCCUAUACUUGUGUCUCCGUGGGGCUGUGGGCGGGCAAGGAGGCUCUGGUGGGCAUUAUCUUCAACCCAGUGCUUGACCAGAUGUUUACUGCUAAGAAAGGUCAAGGGGCGUACCUAAAUGGGGAGAGAAUUAGGGUGUCUGGGCAGAAAGAUUUGAGUCAAGCAUUAAUAUUUGCCGAGAUGGGGACUUCACGUGACCCUGAGAAGGUCAAGACAGUGCUAACCAACCUGACCACCCUCAUGCCCAGAGCACACGGGGUCCGGGGCAUGGGGUCAGCUGCCUUAGGAAUUGCUAGCAUUGCAGCAGGCUGGGGAGACGCAUAUUAUCAUUUGAGUCUUCACUGCUGGGACACUGCUGCCGCCGCCUCCCUGCUUGUGGUGGAGGCGGGGGCUUCGUGUGUGACUCUGCAGGCGGCCCAUUUGACUUAAUGAGGCGCCGUGUGCUGUGUGCCUCGUCCCCUGAGCUGGCGCAGGAGGUGGCGGGCCUCCUGACGCAGUACCAGCCCACUCCUGACGGCGACCUGAUGGGCUGAUGAUGAUGAUGAUGAUGGUGAUGAUGGUGGUGGUGGUGGUGGUGGUGGUGGUGGUGGUAGUGAAAGGGUUAAGGUAAUGGAAUAAGAUUGUAGUAGUUGUUGUAGUAGUAGUAGUUGUUGUUGUUGUUGUGGUGGUGGUGGUGGUGGUGGUGGUGGUGGUGGUGGUGGUGGCUUAAAUUUACGACUUCUUCUACUACUACUACUACUACUACUACUACUACUACUACUACUACUACUACUACUACUACUACUACUACUACUACUACUACUACGAGAGGCCAGUAAGGAAUAUUUAAAUAGUAAUGAUUAGCUCACACACACACACACACACACACACACACACACACACACACACACACACACACACACACACACACACACACACACACACACACACACACACACACACACACACACACA